GACUGGAGAGCGAUGGGACCGGAACAGCGGGAACAGCCGAGACACCGGAGGAGCGAGCGCAGACUCGGGAAACUUGCCGAGGGUUUCACCGUGUCCUGACCCGCCCGGGAGUCGAACCCGGGUCUCUUACGCCCCGAGCUACGAGGCUCCACUCUUACCUACGGUGAAGAAAGCCCGAGGUUCGGGUCGGGAGCCGAUGGCGGAGGCGGUUUUCCGGCCUCCGAAGCGGAGACGCCGGGUUUACGAGGCGUACGAGGCUCCGUUUCCGGUGCCGCUCAGUCAGGAGGAGAGCCUCGGGAAGGAACCCCGGCAUUACGAAGCCGAGAUCCUAAACAACUACGUGAUCGUCAGGAAGCCGGACGAUAUCACAGCGCUUUACGGGCAGGGGUACUUUGGGAAAGUGCUAUCGAGGAGCAGACCCGAGUACAAUAUCUCAGACCCCGCUUUGGCCGCCAAAUGGAAAGACGCCGCUGCUCUACACUUGCCGAUCAUUUCGUCAAAAAAGUAUCAGCACCACGUCGAGUGGGCAAAGGGGCUGCUGCAGGCACAGGAGCUGGAGGACAGUCACAUUGAGAGAAUCCUCACCAGCUACACGGCAGCCGUCACCUUUCCCGGCGACACCCCCGAGACCGACAGCAGAGACCUGAUCUCCGACUCCGGAGUCUCCGUCAGGGAACCUUCAGCCGGAGAGGGAGAAGGACCCGCGGCCAAGAGCUCCUGUGGGAAGAGAUCGCGAGUGGAGGAGGCCGAGUGCUCUCACCCCUCGCCGGCAAACGGACACGAGGACCGGGCGCCGAUCGCUGGAGACGUCACUAUGAGGGAGGCCAAGGGCGGGGAGGACGGACGCUGGUUGGAUCACGAGCUGGUGCUGGUGGAAGUCGAGGAGGAGUCGGUGGGGAGCGGAGACGAGGACAUGGGCAGUGCGCUGAGACGGAGUGCGAGGUUGGUGUGCAGGAGGAACCCAUUCAGGAUAUUUGAGUAUCUGCAGCUCUCGCUACAGGAGGCUUUUUUCCUGGUUUACGCCCUGGGCUGUUUGACGAUUUAUCACAAUGAGGAGCCUCUGAGCAUUGCCAAGCUGUGGGAGGUGUUUGGCCUGAUUCAGCCUGGCUUUAAAGCCAAUUACAUGGCCUAUCACUACUUCAGGAGCAAAGGCUGGGUACCAAAGACUGGCCUGAAAUAUGGCACAGACCUUUUGCUGUAUCGAAAAGGACCACCAUUUUAUCACUCAAGUUACUCUGUGGUGGUUGAAAUGACCGAUGACACGUUUCAGAGUCCAGCACUUCGUCCCUUUACCUGGAAGUCGCUCGCGGGUUUAAACCGGAUCACAGGCAACGUCUCCAAGGAGUUGAUGCUGUGUUAUUUAAUCCGACCGUCGGACAUGGGUGAGGAGGAGUUGGCGUCUCCGGACUGUAUGAGGAGGAUCAAGGUUCAGGAAGUGAUCGUCAGCCGCUGGGUGUCUUCCCGGGAACGCACCGAUCAGGACGAGAUGUAGAGUGUCGCUGGAUGGAUCGAGCGCUUGAGUGGGUGUUGAUGGAGGAUUGAAUGGGUAUUAGUCAAGGAUUGAUGGAUUAUUGAUCGAGCCCAUUAAUCGUGGACCAAAUUAAGUUAAGUAAGUGAAGACGGUGGCAGUGAAUAUAGUUCAGAGGAAAUAGCAGACGUCUCUCUGGUUGAUUAGCGGAAUAAUGAGGCUGUGACUCUCAACCCGCUGCUUAUUCAACGGCUAUUCUAACAGUGACACUCUCGCUGUAAGGGAUGCGGGCAGAUUGAGUAUCUGUGAGGUGUAUGUUGCAUGGCUCAGUUUGCGUGCUGUUUACCCAGCACGGAACCAAUAAUUUAUGGCCUGGGUGCAGGCGGCUUGUUGAGGGAGUGCUUUUAUGGAGAUAAAGUGUUUUUUCUUUCAUUAAAAAUGACUUAAACUGAGA